AUGGCCACAUGGCCCUCGGAGUUUGCCAAUGUUCUUGAUUUUGGAACAAUGGACCAAUAUAUCAACGCUUUUCGCCAGGCUGUAAGAAACGCGAACCGCAUUGACGGGACGCAAAUUCAACCGCGUGCGGCAGCAUUGCUUAUGCUACGUGGAAUUCAGAACAAGUUGCCCAUGUGGGUGACUACAAUCAAAUACAAUAUUAGCAAGCGGGCUGAACCUGGUAAGAUGACGGAGAUGGAGCUUUUAGAGCUCUGCGAAAAAGCCAUCGACCAAGGUAGGGAGCGUGAGCCACAUCCUGAACGGAUGGGUUAUAGAGAUACUGCCGAACAAUGUGCAGUGCCACUUGCACUUGUGCCUCCCGCAUGGUUGUGA